UAGUAGUAGUACUAUGUGCCCACUGCCCUUUACUUAUAUUGUGGGUCAUGGCGGCUACUGAGGAAAUCAUCACCAUCUCUCAAGCUCAAGCACCAUUCGAUGAUCAUAAUUGUGACAUCAUCCUUCGUUCGGCCGAUGGUGUCGAUUUCCAUGUCUAUAAGCUCAUCCUUUCACUCGUGUCACCCAUAUUCAAAGACAUGUUCACGCUACCACAGAGCGAAUCGCAGUCAGACAUUUCAUCCGUACCUAUCAUCGAUGUGAUGGAGGGUAGCACAACCCUCGAAUCCCUUCUUCUACUCUGCUAUCCUGCCGCCGCCACUCCAACCUUCCAUAGCUUGGAUGAUGCAAAGGUUGUGAUGAAAGCAGCUAGCAAGUAUGACAUACAAGCGGCCCUCAGCCGUGCAGGAGACCUUGUCAUGGCCCAGUUUUUCCCAAACCACUUUCUCGAGCUAUACGCUCUUUCUUGUCAAUUUGGAUGGCAGCGUCAUGCUCAGACUGCUGCUACUCGUGCCCUUGAGAUCAAGGAUUUAGGACGACCCAGCAAUGGGUUUCAUGGUUUGCAGGACAUCAGUGGUGCAGAUUACCAUAGGCUCCUCGUCUACCAUUAUCGAUGCGGCGUCAUCGCUCAAAACGUCGGGAGCUCUCUUUCCUGGCUAGAGUCUUUAUCACAUAUGGCCGCAGUACGGGAUGGGUGCUAUAAAUGUGGCACGAUAUAUAUGAAGCAACACUUGAAGGUCGCCUCUUGGUUCAAUGAAUAUCUGGUUUCGAGUGGGAAGGAGUUGUUGGCAAGGCCUUGCGAGUCAACCUUAUGGGAGCUGUCACAUUACAAUCGCGCUAUUAUCAAAGCGACUGAGUGCGCCGAAUGUCGAAAAACUGUCUUCGAGAAUAUGAAGAAAUUUCAUACCUUAUAUACCGCACAAGUUAAGAAGGUGGUCGCGACUGUGAGUCAGGCUCUUUCUGCUACUCCUUGAUUCAUCGCUGAUUCAACACUCGCCUAAAUUUUGCAGGUGAAAUUGGAGGCUUGUGAUUAAAGUUUUGUGUUGCUGCCAUAGAGUGCUGUGUAUCAUCAGAGCUGGCGUUGUGUUGGAUACUGUACAAAAUUUUGAAUUCGGACUAUAGAGUGAGUGUCAGGUACCGUAUGAUUGCUGAGUGGCUGUCGGAACACCUACUAGUAGGCUAUGAUGGAAACUAGUUAGUCAGCGUGUAUGGAUGUGAACUUUGAUGUGCAUCAUUACUGAGU